GGCUUAUGGACAUAUACAUAUUCUCAUAAAUAUUUAAACAUAAUUUAAUUUUCUUUUGACGAUUACGAAUAUUUAUAUAUUGUUCGAUUCACAAAGUGAAUAUUUAUUUAAUUUCUGCAUAGUGACUUAAUAAAUUUUUUGUAUUAUAUGUUUAAAAUUGGUGUAUUUUUGUAAACGAAAAUAUUUGAGGUUAUAUUUAUUUUUGACGAUUGUGAUUAUUUCUGCCUAUAUAUGGUAAAACUAUAAAAUUUACAAGAGAAUUAAAAUAUCAAUUAUUAAAGAACCUUUCAAGGUUCUAGUGGUUUUUUUUAUUAAGUUAUUAAAAUAACUACUUUUAAGAUUUAUUAUUGUCACAACGAAUUAUGUAGUUUGUAGAAAUGUCUGAAGAAUCAGAUUUACACGUUGACGCUUCAAAAGUGUCGGAGAAUGCUCCAGAUUCACCGAAAAAACCAGUAAAAUCAACGGCAGUUGUUAAAUAUUCAGCAGUACAAAAUCCAGCGACUUUUGCUGAAUUACAAUGCAAUACAAAUUUAAAUUUACCACCCAGCAAUUGGUUAAGCAGUUCAGCCGAAAGUUAUGGCCUUCAAAGCGACUGGUCAUCGCAAAGCAGAAGUUUCUCGAGUUUUCGUAUGGCGCACAUGUUUCCCGAUUGUGUUGGCGAAGUCGACGUUGUAUCAGAGGCGGAAAAUAUAAAAAAACUUUUAAAAAUGCCUUAUAGUCAUGGUGUUAUUUCAAUGGUUGUACAUCGUAUUGAAAAUACACUUCUUUUAGAUGAUUUUGAUGUUCAUCGAUAUUUAUUAAGACAAGCCGAAAGCGAUUGGGAAUGGCUAAAGAAAUUUGUAUGCGAACAAGUUUUUCAAAAUCUUGGUCACAAGGAGAAACGUCUUUUUCAUAAAUCAAGUAGAAAUACAUUGCAACAGAAAAAUUUAGUUUCAAAAUUUCUCUAUCAUUCACUUGUUCUUGCUGAUAAAAAGGAACAAGAUGAAAAGCCAGAAUUGCCAGAUAGAAAUGUUGAACAAUCAUUACCUGAACCACCACGUGAACAAGAAUUGCCAGAUCCAAAUUGUAAUCAUAAUUUUGCACGUAAUGUUCUUUGGACAUUUGAAAAUAUUCAAAUGUUAAUUGGCACUGAUAUGCCAAUAUUUGGUGGUCCAACUCAUCCUUGUAUUAGUCUAAGACUUAGAGAUAUGACAAAACCAAUUAGUGUUCUGACAGGAAUAGAUUAUUGGCUGGAUAAUCUUAUGAGUAAUGUGCCUGAAGUUAUUAUGUGUUAUCAUCUUGAUGGGAUUGUACAGAAAUAUGAAUUAAUUAAAACUGAGGAUUUGCCAAAUUUAGAGGAUGCUAAAUUUAGUCCCAAAGUCGUUAGAGAUGUUGCACAAAAUAUUUUAAGUUUCUUAAAGAAUAAUGUUACAAAGGCCGGUCAUACUUAUUGGUUAUUUAAGGGUAAAGAUGACGAUGUUGUGAAAUUGUAUGAUUUGACAUCUCUUUGCAGUGAAAUGAAUGAUGACAAGGGUCAAAGUCCAUUCACUGUUCCCGUUGCAAUGUUACUCUAUCGUGUUGCACGAAAUAUGAAAUAUUCUUCGGACUAUAUUAAAAAUCGUGGGACAAUAAGAAUGCUAUUGAAAAAUUGCAUUCAGUUACUUGAUAAAGAGAAAUAUCCUCAAAUUGUAACAUCAGCGCAUUAUAUGUUAUCUGAUUUAUACGUUCCAGCUGGAACUAAUCCUGUUAAUCCUGAUUUAACAGAACAAAAUGACGACGAUGAUACUCAAAGUGAUACAUAUUCAUCUCACGAGAGUGAUAAAGAGUCUGAUAAAAUGGAAGAGGAUGUCAGCGCGGCUAUUAAAUCUCUAACAUUAACGAGAAUUAAAGAACAACCGGAAUAUGAGGAAUUCAAAUAUAAACCACCUCCAAUUAUUGGAACAGUUGAAGAAAGAUGUAAAAUAGCCUUGGAACAUAUUGCAAGUGGUCUCGAGUGUCUUAAAUAUUUUCCAAUUCAAGAUGCAUUUGAUGAGGAUCAACAAAGUGAGGAAAAAAAUCAAAAGGAGAAACAAAGAGAGUCAGAGGAUGUUCAACAAAUGGCUAAUCCUUUUCAAGCAAUUCCAUUGCCUUAUAUUACGACAAAAAAUGAAACAUCAAAUGUUCAAAAUAAUAGUCCAAGUCAUAAUAAAAAGAAGGCUAAACAAAAGAAGAAAAAAGCGGAAAAAAAUGUUCUUAAAACUGAUGAAUUAGAAGAAACAUCGAGAACAUUGCUUUGUAAGCCAGAAACUCUUCCAACAUGGCAAGCACCAAAAAAAAGUGAUAAUUUAAGUUGGAAUGCUCAUUUAAAAACUCUACUCUAUGAAAAGGCUUCAUUAACAAUUGGUGUAUUGGCAGAAUAUGAAUAUUCAAGUAAAAAUUAUGGUGCCGCUUUGUGUUACAUUGCAGCAGUUUUGCGUUGUCAAAAAAUAUUGGCAUCAUUCUGUUGGAUUAAUAAUGAGAAUAUGAUGAGUUAUUUUUUGGGAAGAGCUGGCGAUUGUGGUUCAAUGACCGUUCAUGAUUGGAAAAAUGUCGAGAAACAUAGAAAUGAUUAUAAAAUGAAAAAUGAAACAACUCGAAUUAUUGACGAUAUUUUCUCUCAAGAAGAAUUGGAAAAUUGUGAAGUAGAAUUACUGCCUAAAAAAUUUGAGAGUAAAGAAAGUACAUUUGUUGAUUCUUAUAAAUGUUACGAAAAAGCAUUGGCUUUACAGCAACCUAAUGUGGAUCGAAAUAAUCUUUUAAAAAGAGUGGGAAAUAUUCAUAAUGAACUUGGCGUUUUAUAUUUAAAUAAAGCGACUGAACUAUCUUGUGAGUCAGAAAUUGAAGAUUCAAAUUCUUCUAACACGGAAGUAGCAGCUUUUUUUGAACUCUCAAAAACUCAUUUAGAGGCUGGUUUAAAAACUUUCGAAGCAGUUCACGAUGAGGCGAAUCAAGCUCUUUUGCAUGCAAAUAUUGGACGUUUAAUGCGAUCGAAAGCUCAUGUUCAAGUUAAAGAACGAUCGGCGGAACGUCAUUAUUAUGAAAAAGCUGUUGUAUGCUAUCAAAAAGCACUUCAAGUUCUUGGAUUUAGAAAAUGUAAUCGUGAAAUUUGGGACAAUGUGACUUGGGAAUUAUCAACGACACUGUAUUUCAUGGCAACACUUUUACAAGAUUCCCCCGAGAUUGAAAAUAAGAGCGAAGAAGAAUUGGAACGAGAAGUUGUAGAAAUUUUAAAUAAAGCAUUAAAAUUUUGUGAUACAAAAUUUUCCGGCACUCGUCUGCCAAUUUAUCAAUUUCGAAUGGCUACAAUUCAAGAAAGAUUGGCAUCACUUUAUCAUAGAGUAUACACAAAAGUAGAUGCACAAAUUGACAGUGCUAAGCGAAAAAAAAGUUUACAAUUGUGUGAAUUAAAUUAUGAAAAGGCAGCUAAACUAUUUCUCACUUUAGAGCAAACUAAUGAGUUCUUGAGUGUACAAUUAAAAAGAGUGGCAUUAACUGAAUAUCAGGCGGAAAUAACCACGGCGAUUAAUAGUAAGCUUAAAGCGUAUAAGAAUGGACUUAAAAUAAUUUUACAGUGUCGAGCAGCUAUAGAUAUUUUAUAUGAGAAGAAUAAAAAUGAUUUGCAAAUUAAGGAGAAUGAAAAAAUGAAAAUUGUCAAUAAUGAAAAUAAUAUUGAUGAUAAUACGGAAAAUGAACAAAAAAUGGAGGAGAAAAAAGAAAUUGAAAAUGAAGAAAGUUUGAUAAAUUUACUUGAAAAGAGAUUACAGUUCAUAUUACGAUCAUUAACAAAACUUAAUUUGAAUAAUAAAAACGUUUCAUGCCUUAAAAAAGAGUCCGAAAAUCGUGUGGAUUUGUAUAAGCAGUGCUACAGUUUGGCUUUGAGGCAAGAACAGUAUUCUGGCAUUGAUUUAUUAAAACAUAUAUCAAAAACUUUACAAAAAAUCGAAGAAAUAAUUUCAGAUUUAGUAUAAGGAAAAAAUACUGCAACGCUACGGCAAAAAAAACUUUGCAAACAAUCGAAGAAUUUUUUAAAUGUUUGGGUAUAUAUUAUUUUCUAUUUUUUCAAGUACGACUUUUAAUUACUUUAUUAUUUUUUACUUUAAAAGAAAGAUAACUUAUCCGGAAAAGAAUUUAUUGCAACGUGCAACAAAAAAGAAACUUUUUCAAAAAGUUAAAAAAAAAAAAAUACUAUAAUAAUUUGUUAAUUUGCAUUUUUUUCAAAUACUUUUUUUUAUUUUCAUUUCUUUUAUUCAGAGAUGAGAAAAAUCUUUUGGAGUAGAUUUAUUGCGACAUACUUAAAAAGAAAAAAAAAUUGCAAAAAGAAUCUAAGAAUUGCGAAAACUAACGUUCCUUUUAAACAAUAAUUAUUUUUAUUUUUAUGUUUUACUUUUUAAUUAUUUAAUUACUACUUUUAAAUAUUCAAGGUUGUAAUGACUGUGAUCAGUGUCAAUGUGAUACUUGACAUUUUCUUAUAAUGUAAAUAUCGAUGAAACAUUAUUUAUGAUACAGCUAAUUUAUAUUGUGAAAAAUAGAAAUAGUGCAGCUUCUUGUUAUUUUCGAAAGAUGGUUUCCAAUAUCAAUAAUAAAAAAGUAGAAUAACUUUUAUAUUAAACAA